CCAAAUAUCAAACACCUUGUGGUUUUUAAUUGUUUCCAAGCAAAUUACGAAGCCGCAUCCCACCGCACUCAAAAACAGGAUGAUGAAGCAGCAAAAUCAGCCUCUUUUCUCACUCACACUGCUACUGAUCUUCUUCUCCCAUUGCACCAAAAUCUUAUCCCAAGCUCCUUCUGCUUCCCCUGCUGCUGCCCCAGCUGCCCCAGCUACCCCAGGUGCCCCAACAAUUUCAGGGCCAGUGGUGCAAGCACCACCAGCUGAUGCCCCUGCACCUUCUGGCCCAACCAAUAUCACCAAAAUCCUAGAGAAAGCAGGUGGCUACAAAGUCUUUAUCCGCCUUAUAAAAAGCACCCAAGUUGACAACCAGCUCUACCGCCAACUCAACAACUCAAAUAGCCAACUAACCGUUUUCGCCCCAACGGAUGAUGCCUUCUCAAGUCUCGGCACAGGCUCACUCAACUCUUUGAGUGAUGAGCAAAAAGGGCAGCUCGUACAAUUCCAUCUGAUCCCAGAUUUUCUUACAAUCCAAAACUUCCAAACUAUCAGCAAUCCAGUGAGAACCCAAGCUGGAUCUGGAUUGGAGUAUCCACUAAACAUUACCACAUCAGGCAAUUCAGUCAACAUUUCCACUGGCCUUGUGAACACCUCCAUUUCAGGCACUGUCUACUCUGAUAAUCAAAUUGCUAUUUACCAAGUUGACAGUGUGCUCCAGCCUUAUGGUGUUUUUGCUCCCAAGCGUCAACUACCGUCACCAGCUCCAGCUCCAGCACCUGUACUGGGGAAGCCUAAGUUGAAUUCUUCAUCAUCUGAAUCUGAUGACAGUGACACUAGUACUACUCCUCCUGUUGCUGAAGUGAAGUCUGGAGCUGUGCCUACCGUGCUCCCCAAAUUUAAUGGCAUUGUCUCCAUUGCAGUUGCUGUGGUUGCUGCAGCAGCAUUAAGCUUUUCUUGACAAAAUUGUUUGUUCCAAUUGGAGUUGGUUUGAAUUUGAAGGGUACGUAAUAAUUGUUGUUAUGCAUGUCAGAAAUGUGAUCUGUAUGUGAGACCAAUAAUGUUUUGUUGAAUUUCAUUGGGUUCUUGAUUUGUUUUGUUUCUUGGUAUAAUCAUUA